UGGCUUUUGAAACAACACCUGACGGGGAACCAGCGUUGUUACCGUGGCGAUGUUUACAAAAUGGCGGCGAUACCUGGGAUAAAAUAUGAUGAUGGUUUACCAGCAACAUCCGCCAACUGCUUUCCUGUUAGAACAUUAUUGAGACACGAUGCUACCGAAGAAGCUGAUGGUUCCUGGCUGGUUGCUCACCGGGCUGAACAGAGACGUCGCUUUAAGGCCAUUCUCUGCACUAAGCCAAAGACUUAUGCCCGGAUCAAGGAGGAGAGAAAACGUGCAGAGAAACAAGGCACGUCUCUCACUGAGCAACUACAGGCUGCAGAUGAACAAGAGGAGGAGGAAGAGAAAGAUAUUCCAGUCUUGGAUGGAUUUUUCUUGAUGCGGCACUGCUGCGUGGAGGACCCAUCUGACCUCUGCUCAGUGAAUAUUGCUGGCAAGGAGAUGACAGACGUAAAGGAAGAAGACCUUGCGCUCUUUGACAAUGUAGCCUAUGUGAACGCAAGCGAAAACUACCUGCCGUUUGAGGCCUUUAGGGGAUUCCCAAUACUGAGGGAGUUGGAAAUGCCACUAAAUGGCCUACGUAGUAUCAAACCUAAUCUUGGAGACUAUCCCAAUCUAGAGGUGCUGGACAUGUCGUACAACAAUCUGUCCCAUGAUGACAUCCUUACCCUGGGCCUGCUCACCAACCUCAAGGUGCUCCACCUCACGGGCAACGGGCUCCACUCCCUGCCAGCUAACAUGGCCAUGCCGAAAUACCACGAGAAAAGUAAUCAAGAGAUCCUGCGUUUCUCUAAGCUGGAGAUUCUACUGCUGGAUGACAACAAGUUAGAGGAUGUUUCAGUGUUUGCAGCCCUUGCUGGUUUGUCAAGCUUAAAACACCUGAAUCUAGAGAAGAAUGAACUGUACUACGUCCCAAUGUUGAAGUCGGUAGAGGGGAAGGUCAUACCAAAUGACAGCGAAAAAGAUGCUAGGAAACUGAGACGAUCGGCCGAAAAGGGGGGUCGUAGGUCGGCUAGAGGUCAAAGGUCAAAAGAGGCGACCCCAAGACAGGUGGCUGAGAAGAAGGGUCGUGAGAAUACGACAGAUGUUCCCCAGCCAACACCAGCACCGACAGAACUCUCGGAACAGAAGAGCUCGGAAAAACCUGGGAUGGAUGUACAACCAGAUAUGCUAAACGAGGACCUUGCAAAUUUGUCACGACAAGUCACAGAUAUGGACCUUGAAAAAGAGGUCACCUUUGCCACGCUGGAGGGGGAAACUAAAGGGGAACAAUCCCUCGGUGAUGGAUCCCAGUUACCCCCCUUUCCUGACCUUCGUGCAUUAAAUCUGGCCUACAAUAAGAUAGAGGAUGAGGAGGCGCUGCUGGCGGUGGCAGCCUGGCCCAUGUUGGUGGAGCUCAUCAUCCACAACAACCCUCUCACGACCGAGAACAGUGGAGACCCUCCACUCCUGCAGAGGUUUUUGGGAGACCGGCUCGGUAUCCGCAUCAAACGGAAAAAAGAGUCAGAAAUUGUGAAGCCCCAUGUUGAAGUUAAAAUUAGGAAAUCAAGAUAUGUUUCCUCCAUUGUGCCCAAAAUCCCCAAGAUGCAUGUGGAUGAUUUACUGAUGCUGGAAGCCCCAAAACCCCCAAGCGAGCCCAAGCCUGAGAGGUCGCGCUCCCACAUGACCCUUGACCCCCAGAAACCUCUGCCUCCCAUUCCUGGUACACCCACUGAAGGUCAGAGGUCAAGGUCACAUGUAAAGGAGGAGGUCACAGAGAAUGAAAGGUCAGACAAAGGUCGAGUUCAAAGAGAGGCCACUGGAACUGAUGGAAAGUCAGACAGAGAUGCCUUCUUUAUGACACAGGUGGAUGACCAAGAAGAGGAGAGGGCCGCCCAGGGGCUGAGGAAGGUGCCAGUGGAGGGGAAACCCCCUGUGAGGCCCAGUGGGACUAACGAGAACCAGUCCAACAAGUACGAGGGCUAUGAGAUACUGCUGGACGUGUCAGAGGAUCCACACUACCAGCCACCCAAGGAUAUGCACGGGAACAUCAAGGCACUGAAGUAUGCCCUGGGUCAUGAGCUCGUCUACAGGGACCCUGCGGCCAGACUGGACAGGAUCAGCAAACCCGUGGAGCCCUACAGAAGGUCUGAGCUUAAGUCCACGCCGCGGGUGACCCAGGCCAUGAAGAAGGUUGAGAUGCUAAGAGAGAUGAGGGACCGAGUCACCACCGAGGAGGCCGGACUGGCCGACGUACUGGACUCAGGGAACAUGGAGCUAAGGCAUAGGUUCCCGGAGUCUGACCGGCUGUUGUCAGAGAUCCAGAGGCGUUACAAUGCUGUACGAGUCAACUCCAUGAAGGAGGCCAAAGAAGCCCGCAAGAUGCUGUCAGCUACAUUAGACAAAGUUACAAACACCAAGGACGUUGGGAAACGUGUAAAACUUGAAGCCUAGGCUCCACAUAUAACAUUCUCAGUUAUUCUAUGUCAGUAGAGUGAUUUUAGUUAUGAAAAAUGGUGGAUGUGCGAGUGAUUAAAUAUUUGUUUUGUGAUAUUUUAAUUAUUUCUCAUAAAUAAAUUUUGUUUAUAUGUGUGUAUGUUAUACACUUGUCAACUGCUGAGAAAAUCUUGCUUAUAAAACAUAUGCAUGUGUUUCAUGAAGUGAUAUAUAUUUUAUGACCUGUGAUGUUGUACAAUAUAUUUGAAUACACAUGUGUACACAUUAUUUUUAAUAAACUUUAAUAUUUA